CUCAACUGCCCACUCAGCCCACUCAAAUUUUUCAUCGUAUUCUUCGCGAGAACCUUCUGAUAAAAUUUUCAAGAACCCUAAUUUAUUCAGAUCUUCUCACUCAAAUUUCUAAGAAAAUGAAGAUUGUUGGCGCUAAUGUCCAUUUCCAGAAGUUGGAAGCCAAGUGCUCUUCAAUAACGUUCUAUCAAUUCUAUCUGGAGAUGAUUGCUGCUCAAGAGCUCUCCGAAUUCCUUCAUAUGGAGAUUCGAUUCAAGUAUGAGAACAAAGUUCUUGAAUUCUACAAGAAUGGAAAGGUCAAGACCGUCAAAUCAAAGAAGGACCCACAGAGGACGAUUCAAAUCAUCAACUCCAAUGUUGGAGGGACCAAAGUAAAGCUUUCGCAGAAGAAAUUGGGAGAAAAGCUUCACCUUCCCAAUUCUGGAGUUGAAAUUGGGAGACUUCCAGCCAAGAAUCUGGAUUGGAAUAUUAUUGGAAUUUCUGGGCAAGCUCCCUCUGGCCCAGCGAAGAAAGCUAAUCUGAACAACGACUACAAGCUAGUCCUUGAACUGGUCAUCGCAUGCCUCGAGUGUGGAAGUGGAGGACAUGCUGAUGACAUCACCCAAGAGAGGGCCUUCAUCAUCAAUGCCCUCAUUACCAAGUCUAAGAAUCUUGCUCUGGUUAAUAUGGAAGAAGAAGAAGUUACUGCCCAAGAAGAGCUUCAAAGGAAGAAGAAGAGAAAAAUCACAAAUCCCUCAACUUCUGGAAAUGUCAACCCGGAUAAGUUGAAGGAGAAGGAACCAGUUGAGGAAAACUCUUCCCACAACCAGAGUCCUCAACAACUUGAAGAAGAAGUUCAUCAAGUCCAUAGUCUUCCAACCUCCUCACCUCAACCUCAAACAGAUGAUGCUGAUAACCAAUUCUGGCAGCUCUACUAUGACUGGAGAGCUUGGAAGGUUGGAAAUUCAGCAGAGCAGUUGUUGGGAUGGGAUCAACAAUUGAAGAAUGAGAAGAUCAUCAAGAAGUGCUUGGGACUGCCAGUCAACCACAGCCGUGAACAAAUCUUGGAUGGGGUAUGGAAAAGGAACUAUGAAGACUUGCAUCUAGAAUACUUGGCCACCACACCAGCUUCAGAAUUUGAAGUGGAUGAUGAAGAUCCUUCAGUCUACAAGCCGAUCUUCUCAAAAGCCACAGAAGAUCAGAUGAUUCUCACUUCUGAAGCACAGGCUGAUUUGGAAACAACAGCUGAGGAUUUCCCAGUCUUUCUGGAAACCUCACCUGCCUUUGUAACGGUUCUGCCUGAAGCUGAUCAAGAGAAUGCAGCCUCUACUCCACUAGAACAGAACCAAGAAACAUCAGAAGAAGAAAUUCAGCAACCUCUCAAAUCUCAAGUCCUUGAGAUUUGCACAACUCCUUGUGAGAUCUCCAACCAGCCUGAACUUGAGAUCCCGGAGAAGUCAGGAGAAAUUCUGGAGCAGUCCACUCCUCCAGAAACGAAUGAAGUCCAAGAAGAGCAAGCUGUAGAAAUCCAAAGGAAUUCUACAGAAGCUGAAAAGGAAGUUCAAAUGGCAACAAUGGAGGCCCCUGAAACUCCAGUAGCUGUUUUUGAAGAGCAGAAUGAAGGUGAAGAAAGAGACUCCCUCUCUAGGGAUAUAUCAAAUUUUAUACUUGAUGAAGCAGAAGAAGAAUCUGAAAGGACGCUGAAGAUUGAUGAUGAUGAAGAUGUGCAAGAAGAUGCUGAAUCUCUUCCUAUGCAACUCUUCCAAAGAACAUCCUCUUCUCAUCAGGUAACCAACUUUCAUUUCCAUAGCUCUUCCAUUUCUACACUUCCGGAUGAAGUACUGGAAACCUGGACAAAGAAGGUCCUAGAGUUGAUUGAAUCAGCCCUAGCAUUUCAGCAUGCCUCCUUUAGGCAAGAGAUAGAGCAGAUGGAAGCCAGGCACAACAUGCUGAUUGAGAAAUCUGAAGAGAAACACAGCUCAGAUCUCAAGGAGAUAAGCAAGUCAGUAAACAAGACUCUAGAGAUCAUCUCUCUAUUGAGUAACUCUGUGAACGACACAAUGGAGACAUAUGCAUCUAACAGUUAUCUUCAACUCAAAGAAGUCAAUAAAAUCGGAGAGCAAAUAGCAAAUGUCACAGUUAGUUUACAGAAGCAGAUGUCCCUUCUCCAAAUGGACAUCAGAUCAGCCCUAGCAGUGUCUUCAGCAAAUCAAGUAGUAACCAAAGACUACUUGAAGGUUAUUAUUGACAAUCAGAAGGAAGCACACAGACUGUUCAGACACUUAAGCACAAGCUCUGGCAACCACAAGAUGGAAGUGAUUCUUCAACAACACAGUCCAUCCUUGAUUCCAGAGCUCCCUAUUACAGUCAAGGAAGGAGAAAUCUCUUAUGUUCCUUCGCAUCUGAACAUGACUGACCUGAUCCUCGAAGCUCAGAGAACUAAUCCGGAGAACUCAACACAGCAUCUAUCUAGCUCUGGACUAGAUGGAACAGAGGCUGUUGGAACCAUUGUCUCCCAUUUCUCAAAUGAUGCCCAAACAGAGGAGAGACGCAACAACAUAAGGCGCAUCAAAGAACUGUGUGGAAACAUGCAAGGCAUUAGUGAGAUUGCCGGAUCAUCAAAGCGCAGGAAGUAGUGAAGGCUUUUUUUCAUCAAACCAGGGGGAAACUUAAUCAAACUAUGUGAUAUAGAAAUUGGAUAUCUUGAUCGGAAAUGUCAGAGACAAGUAAGGAUUUCUCAAAGCAGAUGAAGAUCCUCUAAUCCGGAACACUACAUGAUAACCGGAUGUCUCGCUACAACCCGCUGAAGGCUAAGUCAUUCAAAUCGGAAGACUAGCGCGGAUCUCUUUCUCACCCGG